AUGGCUUCUGCUAUUCCCAUCAUAGCCCCUCCAGGGGUAUCAGUCAACGACAAUAACCCUAAUCCUACCAACAACCCUAAUGUCAACUCUUCAUCCGCCUCUGAAGCUUCAUGGACAGCAAAGACCCCAACCGCUUCCACUCCAAAACCAUCUGCUUCAACCACCCCUUCCACUAAACCUGCCUCCGUGACAAAUAGUAAUAAAGCUCGCACCUGCCGUAAUAUCGUGAUCCAUGGCUUCUGCAAGUACGAGGGCAAAGGUUGCGAGUUCAACCAUGACGUCGGAAAACCAACUUCGGUUGCAAGUCCUGAAGUAUCAAAGGCAAAACUUCAUGUCAAUUCGCCCAUCUUUAAACCCUCAAACCUCAGCACAGGCUCUGUCAAAGCGGAUGCUAUUCAUGCUCCCGAGUUUGUUCCCAAGGGAAGUCAAGAAACCAUCUGGACUAUGUCGAACCUGCUUUCGCUCUAA